UGCUCUGCUCAGCCCUGAGAAGUUUGUGCUGGACUGGAGCUUUGGGUCCCACCACUGACUUGGAUUUUAGAUCAUGACCAGCUUGCAGAAGUUGCGUGUAGCUGUGGUGGGUGCCGGAUCAGCAGGCCUGUGUGCCGCACGUCACCUCCUUGCUCGGCAGGACCUGUUUGCUCCACCUGUUCUGUUUGAGCUGACUCAGAAUGUGGGAGGCACCUGGGUUUAUGAAGACUGCACAGGCUUCUAUGACAAUGGCCUGCCCAUCCACAGCAGCAUGUACAGAGACCUCAGAACGAAUAUUCCUAAAGAGGUCAUGUCAUUUCCUGACUUCCCCUUUGCAGAGCAUCUUCCAUCAUUUGUCCAUCACACAGAGGUGCGCAAGUACCUCGAGCAGUACUGUGACCAUUUCCGUCUUUGGGACCACAUUCGGUUUGGCACCAAGGUGGAUGCAGUUAAUCCAGUGAAAGUGAAGAAUGGAUGGAAAGGGUUGGCCUGGGAUAUCACCAGUAGUGAUGGUGUAGACAGAAGCAAAUCCAUCAAGGAGCGGUUUGAUGCUGUAAUGGUGUGCAAUGGGCAUUUCUAUGACCCAUACAUCCCAUCUAUACCUGGAUUGGAGAAGUUCAAAGGUAUGCUGAUGCAUAGCCAUGAUUAUCGCAGUGCAGAACCAUUUGCAGACAAGUUUGUGGUGCUGCUGGGGGCUGGUCUUUCAGGACUAGAUAUUGCUAUGGAGCUCUCCGAUGUGAAUGCUAAGGUAAUCCUGAGUCAUGGUCAGCGACCUUUGACAUGUCCACUGCCCAAAGGAGUGGAGCAGGCUCCUCCAGUAACCAAAGUGCUGGAUGAUGGCACUUUGGAAUUUAAGGAUGGCAAACAGGCAGCUCCAGAAGUCUUUUUACUCUGCACAGGCUACAACUUCACCUAUCCUUUUCUAAAUGAGCAAGUGGGUGUGCAUGUGAAAGAACACCUGGUCUAUCCUCUCUACAAGUUUCUAAUACCUCCAGCUUACCCAUCACUCUUCAUUAUGGGCAUCUGCCGAGCCAUAUGCCCCUUUCCACACUUUCACAUGCAGUCUCAGUUUGCUAUAUCUGUCUUGGAUGGCUCAUUCCCUCUUCCCUCAUGUGAGGAAAUGGAAAAGGACAUCGAGCUGGAUAUGGCCGAGCGUCGAUCCCGUGGUAUUGCCACCCGCCACAUCCUGAAGCUGGACUCAGAGCAGUGGGCUUAUAAUGACCACUUAGCCCACCUAGGUGGCUUCCAGCCACUUCCUCGCUACUGGAGCAAUUUGUACGAGUCCAACAAGGUGUUCCGUGCUAAGGAUAUGCUCAACUACAAAACAUACAACUACACUGUAGUUGAUGAAAGAGAUUGGAUGGUGCAGAAUCUACAGGGUGAACAACUGCAGAAGCCACAGAUCAAACAUAUAUAAUUCGAAAAAUGAAAAGUGUACCAGAGGCUAUAAAUAAACAUGGGUAUAGUGUGCUGAUUGUUAUAUUUUAACAUGCACUUUCAGAUAUACUACCCACUGACCAACACUCGAAGAGAUUCAUGCCAGAAGUGCCCUUCUUGCUUUUACAUGAUACACUUACAUUCUUUCCAUUUUAACUAAUGGUGCUUAUACAAGCUUUAAGUGGAUUAGUCAUGUUCUCUCUUUUUAAAUUACAGCCCAUUAUAAAAAACAAAAAGUUAUGCAUUCUCUGUAGGGUGCUAAUAUUCUGUACUUGUCAGGCUAAGUUGAGAAAUAAAAAACAUUUACAUGCUC